AUGAUAGAGUUUACAUCUAGUUUGGUCAUCCGUUGGCAAAGCAAAUGGAGUUUAAUUUUUUGGCUAUUUUUUAUUUUAAUUAAAGAAAUAUCAGGUGAUUUGCCACCAAAUUGUAUUCAUGGUGACGUAGUUGGUACAUGGAGAAUUCAUGUAGGAACUUAUAAACCGUGCACUUCUGAUCCAAAAUUUGAGGAUCCAACAUGCGGAUUUUCAUCUCCAGAUAGAGAUUUUGCACAUAAUAUGUUAAUACCAACAGAAAGGGGGUUGCUAAACAAUUAUUUUAAACUUUCGUUUACGUUUGAUGUAAAAUUUGAAGAUACUGAAUUGAAAGUCAUUUCAGUCCAGAAUUUGGACGGCGUUGACACACAAAAUUUUAAUGAUUUUGAGAAGGUUGGUACAGUGGGUAAUUGGACAGUAAUAUUAGAUCAAGCUUUCACAUUCUGGACAAAAUCAUAUAGAUAUACAGCAUUCUUUAAAUAUAUAAAUGAGUACGAAGAUAUUAAUGCAUCAUAUUGUUACUGCCAUACAACUCUUUUAGGCUGGUGGGAUUCUUAUCCUGAUAGUGCAGCUUCUAACGAAAAUAAUGAAGAAAACAAAAUAUUGUCAUUAGAAGAGAGAGGUAAACAUGGCAAUUAUCCAUGGUUACUUAUGAAUGAAGAUUUAAAGCUGAGGAGAGGUUGUUGGUAUGGGAUGAGGAUAUUAGAUGGUGAUGGGAAGAUGACGGAUAGAUCAGAAUGGACUUUAAAGCUUCCGAGAUGGAGGUCAUCACCAUUGGGACUACCACCUGACCAUCCAGUUAAUGCACAGAAUCCAACAAUUGCCGAAUAUUUAAAUGAGAUAUCAACAAAAUAUUCAGAAUUUGAUAGUAGGGAUAAAUUAUGGAAUAGAAGUAAUAGAUUUGAAAUUGGGAAUAAAAGGGAUUUGGAUACAUUACCAAAAAUAAGAAAAGCAUUGAAGAUUUCUCCACACUUUGCUCAGAGAAAAAAGUCUAAUGAAGAAUAUAUUACAGAAAUCUCAAGUGUUAGAGAAGAAGAGCAGAUUUCUGGUUCUAAAAAAACCAUUGAUGGUGAACCAAUUUGGAUGAGAAUAAGGUCAUUUGAUUGGUCAAAUCCUCAGCAUGUUUAUGGAAGAUUAGGAAAAAGGGUUCAAUUGGUUCCAGAAGUUUUUAAUCAGGGGGAUUGUGGAGAUUGCUUUGCAGUCACAGCAGCAACAAUAAUUACGUCUCGUUUAUGGAUUAAGUAUUCAAAGGAUCCUAACAUAUUAAAGAAAGUAUAUGCAUCAUCUAUACAGAUGGGUAAUUGUAAUGUUUACAACCAAGGAUGUGGAGGUGGAUUAAUUACACUUGCUUUUAAAUUUGCUCAGGAUAUUGGUAUUAGAACACAGGAGUGUAUAAAUGAUUAUGCAAAACAUAUUGGCGUAAAGAAAUUAUAUCCAAGUCCUGUUUACACGCCAGAUUCAUCUGGAAUUGCUGAUGAUGGACAUAGUUUUUUGCAAACUAAAGAAGGAAACGGAAACGAGUUUGAGAAUCAGGCGUCUAAAAUUGAAGAAAUUCAUCAAGAAGAUUGGGAAUAUCAAGAGCAAGAUCAACAGGAAGAACAAUAUAAUCAUGAAAGCCAACCUCAAGAUUAUCAAGAAGGUCAGACAGAUGAUAUGGAAGAAUAUUUGGAUGGUAAUAAUGUUGAACAUAUUUCGAAUCUUCAUGAUUAUUAUGCAUAUUCUGAUCAUGAGAAUUCAUCGGACGACAAGGAAUUUAAACAGUCUAGUGGUUUAAAGUAUACAAAUAAUCAAAGGUUUAAUGUUAUUCAACAAUUAUGUUGGGAUUUGGGAGGCCAGAUGGGUGCAGCAAAUACUCAGUGUAGGACUAGAAUUCCUAUUACAAAGAAUAUUCCAAAGUCUUGCUCCAAAAUAAUCAAGGUAAAGGAGUAUAGUUAUGUAAAUAAUGUUUACGGAAAAACUACACCUCGCGAUAUUAUGGAAUCAUUAUGGAAUGAAGGCCCUGUUGCAGUUAGUUUGGAACCAACAUUAGAGUUUUCACUAUAUAAUUCAGGAGUUUUUAAAGGUUUCUAUGAUCCUGUAACACGACAAUAUCCAUGGUCAAAUAUACCUUGGUAUAAGGUUGAUCAUGCGAUGGUAAUAACAGGAUGGGGAUGGGAAACAUAUGGCAGUGAAAGAAUACCUUAUUGGAUUGUUCAGAAUAGUUGGGGCAAACGUUGGGGUGAGAAGGGAUUCUGUAGGAUUAUAAGGGGAGUAAAUGAGUUAUCUAUUGAGCAUGCAGCAGUAAGAGCAUCUGUUACAAUUUAUGAAAAUGGUAAAAAGUACAAGAUGGCUGAUUUAGAAAAUGUACAUGAUGAAUCAGUAUUUCAAUAUUUAUGA